AUGAGUGGCAACACAACGUAUGGAAUCGAGACAGAUUCCAUGACGUUGCAAAGGUUCGUGUUGCAAGAACAACGGAAACAUCCUAGUGCCACUGGAGACCUAACCAAUCUUCUCACUUCAUUGAUGACAGCUUUCAAGGCCAUUUCAAGUUCUGUACGCAAAGCUGGUUUGGCACGUCUGUACGGUAUAGCCGGAAACACUAACGUUCAAGGCGAAGAGGUUAAAAAGUUGGAUGUGCUCAGCAACGAGCUUAUGAUAAAUAUGAUAAAGUCAUCUUACACUUGCUGUGCGAUGGUGUCCGAAGAGAAUGAGAAUCUCGUAAAAGAAGUAGUAACUACCCUUUUCAGUUGGUUGAGGUCGAAGUUCCCAAAGCAAGGUAAAUAUAUCGUCACCUUCGAUCCACUAGAUGGCUCAUCCAAUAUUGACUGCUUGGUAUCCAUAGGAACGAUCUUCGGUAUUUGGAAGAAACAAAGUGAUGGAGAGGUUACGGAUAAGGAUCUGUUGCAGUCUGGAAGGACUAUGGUCGCAGCUGGUUACUGUUUAUAUGGUUCCGCCACGAUGGUGGUGCUUUGCACUGGACGCCAUGUGAACGGAUUCAUGCUCGAUCCAAGCAUCGGAGAGUUCAUAUUGACGCAUCCGAAAAUGAAGAUUCCAGAAAAAGGAAAGAUUUAUAGUGUGAAUGAGGGUUACGAACGAUUCUUUCCAAGAGCUUUGAAGGAAUACAUACAUUCAAAGAAAUAUCCAGAG